GUUGCUCCUUUCUCUCUUACUCUACCUCUAGAAUUGCAUGGAUGGCCAUAAUCUGCACCUAGUUCCAUUCCAUUUCUCAGAACUCGUUGUCCUUGGACGACGAGAUGAUCCCGCACCACCUCCUCGCCAUGGGAAUCCCGUCGUCGCUUUUAUUAUUGGCCUCGCAAUUAUAUUGCUAGCAUCCAUUCUAAACGCUGCAGGUCUUAAUCUCACAAAAUUAGAUCAUGUCAGAACAAGUUCUAUACCUAAAGCCUCAAGGAGAAAAGAUUGGUUACGCCCGCUAUGGUUAUUAGGAAUGUUACUCUACAUAUUAUCUCAACUAAUUGGAAGUACUCUGGCUCUCGAGUACAUGCGUGCUGAAUAUGUCGCUCCGCUCGGCUCCACAUCACUUGUUUUCAAUUUUCUAUUUGCUCGUUUUCUCGUAGGAACACCGGUGACGAGCACGGAUAUCUACGGUACCAUCGUUGUCAUCCUCGGAGUAAUCGGCAUCGUCGCGUUUGGGUCUAUCAACAGCGGACUUGCCAGCGAGACUGACGUCGGUCGUCUCACGUAUCUCUGGAAUAGAGGAGGCUGGCUUCUUUACUUCUUUCUCAUGUCCUUCGCCCUCUUUCUCCUUCUUCUCUUCACAACAAAACUCGAUGCAAUCCUCGCCGCACGUUCGGACAUAAGCGCUGUUCCUUUUGCUGGCUACCCAUCCUCUACACGUAAUAAUGAUGCCAACUCACCGCAACUGAACGGAGGCGGCGCAAGCAUUGUUAAGAAAACUUGGCUCAAGGUGAAACAGUUUUGGGCCAACGCGUCCAUCAAGACCAGCCAGCUAUUAGAAACUUGGACCGCUCCAAAGGGUGAUAAAGCGAUCGCGUGGACUCUAGGUAUUGGUUGGGCUUGCUGUGGUGGCGGUUUAGCGGGUGGUACUUUGGUGUUUGCAAAAGCUACGGUCAAGCUCUUAUCUGGAUCGCUGAGCCAUGAAAAUCCCGGAAAUCAAUUCGGGCAUCCAGCGCCAAUCUUUACCAUCAUACUUUUGGUAUGCACCGCGGUGCUGCAAAUUGUGUGUUUGAACCGAGGCUUGAAGGUCUAUGAUUCGACUCUGGUAGUACCCGUUUUUUAUGGAGUCUAUACUGCGACCGGUUUCUUGAACUCAUUGAUUUUCAACGACGACGUUGACGCCUACAAAUCUUGGGCGCUGUUCCUUAUAUUCACUUCCAUCAUGAUCCUCAUAUCGGGAGUUGUGCUUUUGACCCACAAGAAACCCGAACCAGGAUCUAUCAAGCCCGUCACACUAGGCGUGCCUGCACGCGGUAACAACAAGAUGAAGGGGGCCAAGAUGGCUCAGAGCAAUUCAGACGGGGGGUCUGCAGGAGAAGACGGUGAACGAGAGGUUCUCUGGACGGUGGGUGAUGGAGAGGAUAAUGGUGGUGGUGAUGAGGGUGAUGGUGAUGGAGAGGACGAGGACAUUGAUCACCAUCAGCAUCCUCUCGGUGUGUCAACGGGUUCAGCACGACGAGCGAGUGGUUCCCGAGUUGCUACCCAUGGAGAGGAAGGCAGGGGUUUGAUGGAAGAUGACAGAACGUGAUGGGCACAUAUCUUGAUCUAGCAGGGAUGGGGAGGAAGAGUUGGACAGAGACUGAACGUAGAUGAUUACAGUAAUAUUUUUUUUGUGCAUACCUACACAUUAGCGAUCCACACAGUGGUAAUACGCCAAGGAAGGAUACCAUGUUGUUAUCAUUCGACAACACAAGAACA